AUGUCAGCCUAUCAUUCCAAUCAGACCGUUGUCGACAAGGUUCUACCAGAAAUGUUACAUUUAAUCGACCCACAUUGGUACCAAUUUCCACCAAUGAAUCCACUAUGGUACGGGCUGUUGGGUUUUACCAUCGCCGUUUUAGGUUUCAUCUCAGUCACAGGAAAUGCUAUGGUCAUAUACAUAUUUACCACCACAAAGAGCCUCAAGACCCCGUCGAAUUUACUCGUUGUCAAUUUAGCAGUUUCGGACUUCUUAAUGAUGGCUUGUAUGGCUCCACCUUUAGUUGUAAAUUCAUACAAUGAGACAUGGGUAUUCGGACCACUAUUCUGUGCAAUUUACGCUUGCGGCGGGUCACUGUACGGAACCGUUUCUAUAUGGACAAUGACAGCUAUCGCCUUCGAUCGAUACAACGUGAUUGUCAAGGGCAUUGCAGCUAAACCCAUGAGCAUCAAUGGAGCAUUGUUACGUAUCUUCGCUAUCUGGGUGUCUUCACUCGCAUGGACUGUCGCGCCUAUUCUUGGAUGGAACAGGUAUGUUCCUGAAGGCAAUAUGACUGCGUGUGGAACUGAUUACCUCACUAAGGAUUGGUUUAGCCGUAGCUAUAUUCUUGCUUAUUCAAUCUUCUGCUACUUCUUGCCGCUGGGUCUAAUCAUCUAUUCUUAUUUCUUCAUAAUUCAGGCUGUUGCAGCUCAUGAAAAAGCUAUGAGAGAGCAGGCAAAGAAGAUGAACGUUGCUUCUUUACGAUCAUCAGAUGCAGCCAACACUAGUGCCGAGUGCAAAUUGGCAAAGGUUGCCUUGAUGACCAUCUCAUUGUGGUUUAUGGCGUGGACUCCAUAUUUGGUAAUCAAUUUUGCCGGAAUAUUUGAGACCGCACCAAUUAGCCCCCUUGGAACAAUUUGGGGCUCUGUUUUCGCCAAAGCUAACGCUGUUUAUAAUCCAAUUGUAUAUGGCAUUAGCCAUCCCAAAUACAGAGCAGCGCUAUACCAAAGGUUCCCUGCACUGGCAUGUCAGCCUUCACCUGAUGAGAAUACAUCUGUUGCAUCGGCUAAGACAGCUGUUUGUGAAGAAAAGCCUUCUGCG